UAAACACCCAAAACCAGGCCUCCAUUUCUUCCAACCCCUCACCCAACCCACUCUAGUAAACAAAUCCACACAAUCCGGUCAUCUCAGUCUCGCUCUCUCCUUUCGUCAUGAAACGUGGUCUCACCGACGGAGAAUUUCCGGUGAAUGGAGAUGACGAUACUAAUAAGAUGAAAAGGAUAAAGCAAGAAGAUGAUGGUGAUGAUGAAGAAGAAGAGGGGGUCAAUAAGGAGACCGGAUUUGUGCAUUUAGACGAGAACUUGUUGUUUGAGGUGUUGAAGCACGUUGACGCCAGGACGCUGGGUCGUGCAGCGUGUGUGAACAGCCAGUGGCAUCGGACGGCCCUGGACGAGCGCCUCUGGGAGCUGAUCUGUACUAGGCAUUCGCCUAAUAUCGGCUGCGGCAACCAACAGCUUAGAUCCGUGGUCCUAGCUCUCGGCGGCUUCCGCCGCCUACAUUCCUCCUACCUCUGGCCCCUCUCUAAGCCCCAAUCUUCGUCGAUACCGGUGUCUGCUCCUUCAACGUCGUCGAGCUGGGCUCCUCUGGCCCCUAUGAUCGGUGCCAAACCGUCAGCUCGGUGGGGCAGAGACGAAGUCCAUCUCUCUUUGUCCCUGCUUUCGAUUCGAUACUACGAGAAGAUGAAUUUCGGUGAUAGAAACAGAUGAACAAAUAGUUCAUCAUCAAUUUUAUGAACUCCGUAGUAGUACGCACUGUAUCCUAUUAACCUAAUUUGGCUUUCGUUUUUGAUUGUUUGUCGAAAUUCGGGUUUCCAUCUCCUUUUUCCACUCUUGUAUUUGAUCUGGAUUGUUGUUGUUGAUCAGAUCUGUAUCAUAUAUCAUUGCGAGUUAUUUGUUCUUUGGUUUGCCAUAGAUGGGCUUGAUUAUAGUAUUGCGUUGGAACCUCA